CCCCAGAGAAAAAGUUUGACUGGGGACAGACUUGAUACUGACAGGUUAGUGUACCUAAUUAAGGACUGUGAAUCAAAAAUGGCUGGCAGUGUAGUGAGACAUGGCUUACGAAUGCGAGAGACUUUCAGCAUAGUCAACCACAGUGUGGCACAAUGGUUCCCUGGACACAUGGCCAAAGGGCUCACCCAGAUGCAGAGGAAACUGAAGAGCGUCGACUGCAUUGUGGAAGUUCACGACGCGCGGAUUCCCAUCUCGGGGAGAAACCCUCUGUUUGAGCACACCCUCUCGGCCAUAAAACCCCACAUGUUAGUCCUCAACAAAAUGGAUCUGGCUGACUUGAGGCACAGGAACAGCAUAAUCAGACAUCAUGCCAAGGAGGGCAUCAAACACGUUAUUUUCACCAACUGCAAGCGGCCUGAGAGUCGUGGGAUCAAAAGCAUUAUCCCAACUGUUGCAGAGAUGAUCAAGAACUCGGAGCGUUUACUCCUCCUCAUCAACGCUCUGACUAGCUCUGCGGAAAAUGCAGCACCAAUUGAGGGCUUCCAGGCAUCACACCAGAGUGUUUGCGAAGAUCCGAAAGUGUACCUCCUGGACACCCCAGGAGUCUUGGCCCCCAAAAUCCAGGAUGUGGAGACAGGACUCAAGCUAGCUCUUGCAGCUACCAUUAAGGAUCACCUUGUUGGAGAGGAGAACAUCGCCGACUAUCUCCUCUACAGGCUGAAUAGAAAUGGGAAUCAUUCGUACGUCAAAUAUCUAAACCUCCAGGAACCCACAGACAACAUUCAGCAGCUCUUAGGGUUUGCGUCUGUAAAUAAUGGCUGGAAAAGGAAAGUGAGAACCCAGAGCGGCAUCCAAGUCAUUCCAGACCUGCAGCUCAGCGCGUCAAAGUUUAUAAAGGGUUUCCGCACCGGCGCUUUUGGCCCAAUGAUCCUGGAUGACGUGGAGAGCAUGAAGAGUUGACUCACGCGGCAGAGAGGAAAGACACUCAUGUAGAUAAGGACUGUAGUAUGCCAAUCCCAAGUGAGAAGGAUUUGGGAAAGACCACAUUAUAUCACAAAUCAUCGAGAAUUUAUAAUGAGCUUCUAGGAAGCCUC